CUCUGAUGGAUAUGCUUGUGAUUUUACAUUUAUGCUAUGAACUUUGGAACGGACUCUUGUCAUGAGGUAGUUGGCAUCCCAUCUGAUUGACUUCAAGGCGUCAAUGAAUCCGAGACUACGCCAGAAGCUUCAGCAUCGGGCCCUUGCUAGGCUUUCUGCUGAUCUGUGGUGCACAACCACAACGGCAAUCCAGUCUUCCCUGCAAGGCCUCAUCGAAAUAUUGUUCAGCAUGUCCGACAAGCUGCUUUAGACUGCUUGUUGCCUACUUGGAAGGCAAAGUCCACUUCGACAAGCAUCUGACCUACCUUUUGUACACAUUCGAAGCUUGUGUUGACGUCUUGCACACAGCGUGGCACGAUGUUUCAUGUUUGCAUCGUGCUUGUCGUGCCUGCAUGUCGUUCUCGUCUUCGGUUCCAUGCUGCUCAGCGUCAGCCUCUGUCAGGCGCUUGUUGUGCCUUGAUUUCUGUUGUGAGUGGGGAUCCGUUGCGUAGAUUGUUGGACGUCAUCACGUACGGCAACUUGCAGAUUCUUGGCACCAUGCUGAUAGAUGGGCCAUGGAGAUCCAGCUCGCUUGUGGCCUGGCAAGCGACGGAAAUUCCCGUUCAGAAUGACGGACUGACUUCCUCAGCUCUGCAUGGUCGCGUUGUUUUUAGCUGACGAGAUUGCCUCGCUGGUCCUUGAGAAAGUUGUAUGCAUCCCUGUUGUGGCGAGCAGCGCAGAGGACACCAAUCCACUGCGUGUUGGCUGCCGCGAUCGAUGACCAGAGAUAGAAGACUUUGCAAAUGGAUCCGACAGCCUGGACUUCAUUACGCUUGGAAUCAUCCUUUGACACGUAUCGUGGUCGUGCCGGUGCCUUUGCGUAUAUCGUGUGCAAGGCGUUCAAAUUGGUCUAGAGCGUUUUCUUGAAUGCGUCAGACACAGCAAAGUGUAACAUGGGAGACAUGAACGCUAUCACAGGAGGCCAUGAGAUUGUUGAUGAUUGUACCUGCUGCGAUGCGAGCUCGAGGCCGAUGAGCUGGUUCCGCAAACGACGAGGAAUAGACCCCCGAAUCAAAGGCAUUGGGCCACACUCCAGCAUGCUGACCAUCUUUGGCAAGAGCUAGUAGAUAUGCUACCUGCUUUCCUGUGGCAGUGUCAAGGAUGAAGAUGUUGGCUGUCCAUUUACUUGGCAGAUUGGAUUCUACCGCGCGACGCAGGACAGCAUCGAUCUGACUUUGCUGGUCAGGCACACUCGAGAGACAGAAGCAAAGGAGGAGACUGCAGAGAUGCGCAUCUAGAGUGAAGCGUGUACGGCGACCAUGAGUCGUACUGUAGUCAGC